CUCUGUACGCGUCUACGAUUUGUUUCUGAAGAGGUCGUCGAUGACUUAGCGAUUAUACAAAAUUACAAAGAAAAAGGUGUCCGUUGUAGUGCUAUUUUACUGUUUAUCUACGUUUUUUAGUGUAAGCAUAUAAAUAUAUCCAACAUGGCUGGAGCGAUGUUAUUCGAGAGAUCGCGAGUGUCGUCGUCGACGAACAGAGACGAGGACGUCCGCAUGACCGACAAAAUGGUUAGCACUGGCGAGGUUCCCGAAGAUGACGAAGAAAACAUAAGGGCGAAGGAACAAGGAAUCCUUAAUCUUGGCGAAAAGUACAAGAAAGAAGGCAAAGCUAAAGAAUUAGCGGAACUGAUCAAAGCUACUAGACCUUUCCUCAGCCUGAUAAGCAAAGCGAAAGCAGCAAAACUAGUGCGUUCUCUGGUCGAUUUCUUCUUGGAUUUGGAAGCGGGCAUCGGUAUUGAGGUUCAAUUGUGUAAAGAGUGUAUAGAAUGGGCCAAGGAGGAGCGUCGUACGUUCUUGCGACAGUCUCUCGAAGCGAGACUGAUUGCACUGUACUUCGACACUGGUAUGUACACAGAGGCAUUGGAACUGGCCACAGCUCUGCUCAGAGAACUUAAAAAGUUAGACGACAAAAACCUUCUAGUGGAAGUACUUCUUUUAGAAAGUAAAACUUAUCAUGCCCUUAGCAAUCUACCUAAAGCCCGUGCCUCAUUGACAUCUGCAAGAACAACUGCUAAUGCGAUCUAUUGUCCACCUAAAAUGCAGGCUGCCCUUGAUUUACAAUCUGGCAUACUCCACGCUGCUGAUGAACGUGACUUUAAAACUGCUUACUCAUACUUUUAUGAAGCAUUUGAAGGUUAUGAUGGUGCUGACAGCCCUAAAGCUCUCACUGCCUUGAAGUACAUGUUAUUGUCCAAGAUCAUGUUGAACAAUGCUGAAGAAGUAGGUACAGUUUGCAGUAGUAAGGCAGCACUGAAGUAUGCAGGAAAAGAGUUAGAAGCAAUGCGGGCCGUUGCCACAGCCUCUCACAAGAGAUCCCUAGCUGAUUUCCAAGCUGCACUGAAAACAUAUAAACGUGAAUUGGAAGAGGAUGCAGUGGUAAGAGCUCACCUUGGAGCUUUAUAUGACACUAUGUUGGAGCAAAACCUAUGUCGUAUAGUUGAACCUUACAUGCGAGUUCAAGUGGACCAUGUAGCCCGCUGUAUCCGUCUGCCUGUAGUGCAAGUUGAGAAGAAACUCUCCCAGAUGAUUCUGGAUAAGAAACUCAAUGGUAUCCUUGACCAAGGUGAGGGUGUUUUAAUUGUGUUUGAUGAGUCCCCUCUUGAGAAAACCUAUGAGACCGUCCUAGAGACCAUUCACCACAUGAGUAAAGUUGUUGAUACUCUUUACCAGAAAGCAAAGAAACUCUCAUAGAGCCAUCUGUAAAUUUGUUGUAGCAUUAAAAACAAUAAUGUAUAUCAAAAUAACCA